GCUUUUCCUUAUUCUCGUUUUGUAAUUUUAUGGACUUUAUAAUAAAAUAAUCAACUACCUCUUCUAUUUGUCUUUAUAGUAAAAAUAAUAUUUAUUUAUUCAGUUACUUUACCUACAACUACUACAAGCCUUUCAUAUAUAUAUAUAUAUUCAUAAUAAAUGUGUGUCACAAUUCACUCUAACUACAAUCCUUCUCUCUUUACAUUUUCCUUGUUGUUCUAUUUAUUUCAUUCAACAUUUCUUUGUCAAACUCCAAACCAUUUGUUUUGCUGUUUUUUCUCUGUUUAACAUGAAGGUGAUGAAUGAACCAAUGCAACUACUUGCUUUGUUGAGUUUCUGCUCAAUCUUUUUUCUUGUUGCUUCUGAAGAUCCUUAUAGAUUCUUUGACUGGACUAUUACUUAUGGUGACAUUUAUCCACUCGGUGUUAAACAACAGGGGAUUCUUAUCAAUGGUCAAUUUCCUGGGCCGGAAAUUUACUCUGUUACCAAUGACAAUUUGAUCAUCAAUGUUCACAAUAAUUUGCCUGAACCAUUUCUUCUAUCAUGGAAUGGUGUUCAACAAAGGAGAAAUUCUUACCAAGAUGGAGUUUAUGGUACAACAUGUCCCAUCCCUCCUGGGAAGAACUUCACAUACACACUUCAAGUCAAAGAUCAAAUUGGAAGCUUCUUCUAUUUUCCAUCUCUUGCUUUUCACAAGGCAGCUGGUGGUUUUGGAUCCAUCAAAAUCCUUAGCAGACCAAGGAUUCCUGUUCCUUUCCCUGAACCAGCUAAUGAUUACACAUUUCUUAUUGGUGAUUGGUACAAGAUUGAUCACACGAAGCUGAGGAAAGUUCUAGAUUUUGGACACAAACUUCCACUCCCUCAAGCUGUUCUUAUCAAUGGUCAUGCAAAUGGCACAUCAUUCACUGUCGAUCAAGGGAAAACAUACAGACUUAGAAUAUCAAAUGUUGGACUAGAACACACACUCAACUUUAGGAUUCAAGGCCACAUCAUGAAAUUGGUUGAAGUUGAGGGAACUCACACUGUACAAACGUCUUAUGACUCAAUAGAUGUUCAUGUCGGACAAUCUUAUUCUGUGCUUAUCACAGCUGAUCAAGCACCUAAGGACUACUACAUUGUUGUUUCAACUCGUUUCACUAAUAGGGUCCUCACAAGCACUGCAGCACUUCACUACAGUAACUCACAACAACCUCUUUCGGGCCCCAUUCCUGCUGGACCGACCACUCAGAUCGAUUGGUCCAUCCAACAAGCUAGAUCCAUCAGGACAAAUCUUACUGCAAGUGGACCAAGGCCUAAUCCACAAGGAUCAUACCACUAUGGUAUGAUAAACAUUAGCAGAACGAUUAAGCUUGAGAGUUCAGCAGCACAAGUGAAUGGCAAGCAAAGAUAUGCAGUCAAUAGUGUCUCUUUCGUACCAGCCGACACUCCUCUGAAGCUAGCUGAUUACUUCAAGAUUGGUGGUGUUUUCCAAGUUGGAAGCAUCCCAGAUACCCCUUCUGGUAGAUCAAUGUACACUGAUACUUCAGUCAUGGGUGCUGAUUUCCGUGCCUUCGUUGAGAUCGUGUUUCAGAACCAUGAAAGUAUCGUUCAAAGUUGGCACAUCGAUGGAUACUCAUUUUGGGUUGUCGGAAUGGAUGGUGGUGUAUGGACGCCUAAUAGUCGUAACCAAUACAACCUAAGAGAUGCUGUGUCUAGGAGCACAACACAGGUAUAUCCUAAGUCAUGGACUGCAAUUUAUAUGGCACUAGACAAUGUGGGAAUGUGGAAUGUGAGGAGUGAAUUUUGGGCACGACAAUAUCUUGGACAACAAUUCUAUAUGCGAGUAUAUUCAGAUGCUGGAUCAAUUAGGGAUGAAUAUCCAAUUCCAAAGAAUGCUCUUCUUUGUGGCAAAGCAGUGGGUAGAGAAACUAGACCAUUAUGAGAACGUCCACACACAAUGUUAACCAACAAACUAGCUAUAUAUUAGGGACUAACUUGGUCCCAUUCUUUGCAAACUCAUCUGUAAUUUUAUUGUUUUGCUACUGCAUAUUCACCAUCACAUUGUGAUAAUAAGUUAGUGUUCCACCCUAUUGUUUUAUUUUUUUCUCAAUUAAAUAAUUUGUAGUGAUCGAUGUAUAAGCAUGUUGCUGCUUUAAAAGAAUGAAAUGAAAUGAAGUAGUUCAAUUUGAAUGUACAACAAACACGAGCAUUACACAAAUGGAGAAGGAACAACAGUAAAAUUGAAGUUUCCAAUUAUUUGGAUUUGAAUAA